AUGUGCCGACGAGAUCAUGACGAAGUGUAUAUGCCCUUUUCAUUCAUACACAAGUAUUUUGAGGUUUACGGCAAAAUAUCGUCAUCAGACAGCACAGACAAGUUUGAGUGGUCACACAGCUACAGCAAAGUAUACCAUCCCAAAAAGAAAUAUGAUCCUCAUGGUACAUUUACUACAUUUGAAAAUUACAAUGUCGAAGUCAGGGAUCGAGUGAAAUGCAUCAGUGGAAUAGAAGGGGUUCCAGUCUCUACUCAGUGGGAACCUAAAGGUUUCUUUUAUCCAACACAAAUAGCACAAUUCGGCCUCGCACACUACAGCAAGAACCUUACAGAGCCCGAACCGCGAGUGAAGGUUAUAGAUGAUGGAGACAAGAAUCUUGAAAACUGGAUUGUUAGCAAGGAUGCCUCAAUAUCAAGGGAAUUUGACACAGAAUUAAAAAGUAAUAUUAUAAGGUUUACCACAACAGAACAUCCAUCAAGUCAAGUAUGGUGUAAAGUCAAUAUUAGCCAGGAUUUUGUGCUCAGUCUGGAUGUUCGGUUGAAGCCAAAUUCCUCCUUAACUGUAGUGCUGCAAAACAAAGAUAAGAAAGAGACUGUUUACUUGCAUUAUGUUACAAGUACGCAGCUAAUUUAUACAUUGGAUGAACAUAUAUAUUACGGCAUUGGGAUUGAAUACAAGUGGCGACGACUCACCCGUGAUCUGAUCAUCGACAUGCAGAAGGGUUGGGCGCUACUGGAUAAACCUAAACGAAAGUCUCCGAGAAAUAAGUUUAGGAUAUCGAGUAUAAUCUUUUCGGGUAACGGCAGCGCAGCGAACAUCCGCGUGUCGACAAGUGAACACAUGGCACACUUCUUCGCAGCAGCCCGAUGGCUCGUGAGCACGCAGCGGGCGCGCGGGGGUUGGCCGGUCAAAGCGCGGCGGCGGGUGGCUGCACGGGUACCUGACCUUAAGGCUGGCUGGCACUCUGCUAUGAGCCAAGGUCACGGCAUAUCGGUGUUGGCCCGGGCCUAUCACCGCAGCAAAGACGCCUCCUACUUGAGAGCAGCCCAACGCGCCCUCCACUUACUUGACGUGCCGAGCACUGCCGGUGGUGUUAAAGCCAUGUGGAUGGACAAGUACGUGUGGUACGAAGAAUACCCGACGAAACCGCCUCUCUUCGUGCUUAACGGCUUCAUCUACACGCUGCUCGGGUUGUACGACUUGCACGUCAUAGAAGGCGAGAACUCGAUUUCGCUCGCCAAAAAGAUGUUCGACGACGGUAUGAUCUCUCUCAAAACGCUGCUCCCCAUUUUCGACACCGGUAGCGGGAGCUUCUACGACCUACGGCACAUCACACUCGGAGUCAGCCCCAAUCUGGCCAGGUGGGACUAUCAUGCGACGCACGUGAACCAGCUAUAUCUUCUAGCCGGUCUCGACUCCGAUCCCAUUCUUAUUAAUACUGCGAAGCGGUGGGAGGGUUAUAUGCAAGGGAGAAGAGCUGCGCACAAUUGA